AAUGGCUAGUUCGAAAUUAAACGCAAAUGAGAGGAGAAAAUCAUCAGUGUCAUCCGACAGGAGAUCAUCUGUGCACAUGCAACCAAAUAGUAUAAUGGCGGCAUUAGCGGCUAAAAAGGCGGCAAGUACACUUUUGGGCAGAAUAAAAGAUAGGAGGAGUACAACAGUAAAAGAGCAACCACACCUCGAACCUACUUAUAAACUUAAACCGGAUAAGAAAAUUCUAUAUAAUCAAAUAAAGCAUAUCGUUGAUAACGUAUUAAAAACCAUAUUCGAUAAUUUCGAUUAUGAUUCUAAAAGGGCUAAAAUGAUUUGUCCCGUUAUUAGUCAAGAGAUUCAAAGAGAAUUAAAACAGUUAUGCGUUGAACGGUAUAAAUUCGUUUGUCAAGUUUUCAUUGGAGAGAAUAAAAAGCAAUCAAUUCAACUUGGUAGUAGAUGUACAUGGGAUGUUACAACUGAUAAUUCAGCAUCGGGUUGCUAUCAAACGGCAACGGCGUUUUGUUGCGCAACUGUAUUUGCAGUGUAUUGUGAAUAA